AGAAGGCACCACGAGCUCGAAGGUGCCGCGGACCCGUUCCCCUCGCUCUACGAGUCCCCCCCGGUCCCCUCCAAGCCUGCCGCCCCCGUCGCUCAACCCGUCGACACCGCCUCCCACGACGCCUUCCCCACCCUCGCCCCCUCCUCCGCCUCCGCCAACAAGCCUGCCGCACUCGCGUGGGGCAGCCCCGUCGGCCCCCGCAUCAAGCCCGCGACCGUGCAUCCUAACCAGGUCACCGAGUCCUUCACCCUCUCCUCCAUCGACCUCUCCACCUCCGGCAAGGACGGCAAACCGGCCACCCUCGGCGAGAUCAUGAAGCAGGUCAUGACAAAGUUCAAGGUCAAGAUCGAGGCAUCCACCAACCAGAAGACUCGCCAGACCACCUUCCACCUCAAGGCAGACUCGCACAAGGAUCUCGAGAAAGGAAAGAGGUCCCUCCUUUCCCUCCUCAGCCCCACCGUCUCUCUGGUCGUAAAUGCCCCGACCUCGACCAUCGCGUUCAUCAUCGGCGUCAAAGGUGCUACGCUCAAGCAGAUCCGUGACCAGACCAACGUCAGGGUAGACAUCCCCCCCAAGGAUUCUCUCUCGGCCCCCAACGGAAACGGUCACCCCAACGGCUCCCCCCGCGGCACCACUCCCAUCCCCGACGACGAAGAGGAAGAGCCCACCAUCCCGAUCACCAUCACCGGCCCCCAGCCCUUCGCGUUGGAGGCCCAAGACCUCAUCAAGGACAUCGUUGCCUCUAAGGCUGCAAAAAAGACCUUGCGCGUCCGCGACAUCCCCUCUCACAUCGUCCCAUUCAUCAAGGCCCGCCGCUCCGUCUUCGUUGACGCAGCCCAGGGACGCGACGUGCAGCUCACCUUCAGCAGCGCCGACCGCGAGUUCACCGCGGUCGGCGAUCGCGACGCCGUCCUUCGUGUCAUCGACGCUGUCAAGGCUACCGUCGACGCGUUCUCCUCCGGCCUCACUCCCAUCAAGAUCACGCUCCCCAAGCGCCAGCACCGCCUGCUCGUCGGCAAGGCCAUCGACGAGAUCAUGGCGUCGAGCAAGUGCUCCGUCAUCGUGCCCCAGCCCGAGGAGUCCAGUGAGGAAGUCACCGUCUGGGGCAAGGACGAGGACGUUGCGGGCGGCCUUUCGGCCGUCAUGGCCAAGGCGAAUUCGCAGUACAUUCACGAGUUCCCUCUCCCCGGACCCGCCGCGCUCUCCAAGCAGCUCCUCACCUACAUGACCGUCACUGGCUACCCUGAGACCCUCGCCGCCGCCCACCCUGGCGUGUCGGUCUUCACGCCCAGCCCGGCCAUGCGGGAGCGCGCGAGCGUGCUCAACAUCGAGAUCAUCGGCGAGAAGCCCAUCGUGGAUGGCGCCGUGCGCCAAGUCUCGACGUUGAUCGGCAAGCUCAUCGGCGCCACCAGGGAUGUCCCUGUCGACUGGCUCGUGCACAGGAUCGUUCAGGCCAAGCACGCCAGGAAGAUCAACCAGUUCUACGAGAACCACAACGUGCUCCUCUUCUUCCCUCCCGAGGCCGCCGAGCAGUCGUCCGUCCUCCUGGUGUACGACCCGACCUCGCCCUCCGCGUCCCCGUCCCCCGUCGAAAAGGCGAAGCACAUCGACGACGUCGAGAAGGAGCUGCUCCAGUUUGCCAAGGACGCUGCGGACGUCAAGAGCGCGACCAUCACCGUCGAGAAGAAAUGGCACAGCGCCGUCAUCGGCCAGGGCGGAACCACUCUCAACGCCAUCAUCGGCGACGAGAACGGCCUCUCCAUCAAGAUCGGUGCCGAGGUUGGGGACGCGUCCACCGAGGACGUCGUCCUCGUCCGCGGCGCCAGCAGCGAAGUCGACCGCGCCGUCAAGGAGAUCCAAGAGAUUGUCGAGAACGCGAAGAACGACCUGAUUCUCAGCGGCUACUCCGUCGAGUUUGAGAUCGACCGCGAGUUCGUCGGCAGGGUUGUCGGCUCGCAGGGCGCGGGCGUGAACAAGCUCCGCGACCAGCUCGGCGUCAAGGUCGACUUCUCGGACGAGGUCGAGGAGAAGCAGCAGGACAGCUGGAAGAAGAAGAACAAGACUGUCACGCAUUCCAAGUCCAAGGUCACCAUCGUCGGGCGCAAGGAGAACGUCGAGGAGGCCAAGCGGCGGAUCCUGACUCAGGUCGAGAGGCUGGCGGACGAGACGUCCGAGGUGCUCAAGAUCGCGAGCCAGUAUCACUCCGGUCUCAUUGGCGAGAAGGGCAAAUACGUCUUGCGGUUGGAGGAGAAGUACUCCGUCAAGAUCACUUUCCCGCGCGAGUCGGCUGAUAACGGCGAGGGCCGGACUCGCGAGCACCUCAAGGCCGACGAGGUCCUCGUCAAGGGCGGCCGCAAGGGCGUCGCGGGCGCCAAGUCGGAGCUGCUCGACGCCGUCGAAUUUGAGAAGGAAUCCAACAACGUCAUCAAGUUCACCGUCCCCGCGCGCGCGAUCCCCCGCAUCCUCGGCAAGGGCGGCGCCACGAUCAACGAGAUCAAGGACGAGACCGGCGCGCAGAUCGACCUCGACAAGACGACGCCCGACGCCGAGAGCGCGCAGAUCACCUGCCACGGGACGAAGAAGGCCGUCGCCGCCGCCAAGGCCGCCAUCCAGGCGAUCGCGGACCAGGUCGGCGAAGAGACGACCGUCGUGGUCACCGUCGAGAACAGGUUCCACCGCGCGCUCAUCGGCGCGGGCGGUCAGGUGCUCAAGGACCUCAUCAGCCGCUGCGGUGGUCCCUCCGACACACGGGCGCAGGCGGGCUUGGUCCGGUUCCCGCGGUCGGGCGAUGAGCCCAAGGACGAGGUGCGCCUGCGCGGCGACCCGAAGGUCGUCGCCAAGCUCGAGGCCGAGCUCGAGAAGGCCGUCAGCGAGCUGCGCGACCGCGUCGUGCUCGCCGUCGACAUCCCCGCGCCGCAGCACCGCGCGCUCAUCGGCCGCGGCGGGCAGAACCUGACCGAGUUCCAGACCAAGUUCGCCGUGCAGGUGCAGUACCCCGGCUCGCGCUCGUACGGCCAGGCGGGCCCCCCGGAGAACGCGGACGCGCUCGCCGCCGUCGCGCCCGAGAACGUCGUCAAGGUGUCCGGCGCGCGCGCCGCCGUCGAGGCGGCCAUCGAGAACCUCAAGGUGCGUUUCUGCCGUGCUCGCGCCCGUGCUCGCGCUCACGCCCGUCCGCUGCAGUCCCAGAUCAAGGCGCCCGCGCCCGAGGCGCUCGUCGAAACCGUGGCCGUGCCCCUCAAGUACCACCACGCGGUCACGCAGCAGGGCAACCUCUUCCGCACCCUGCGCACGUACGGCGUCCAGGUCGAGCAGUCGGCCCACCCCCAAAAAUCCGCCGUCCCGGUCCGCCCCGAGCCCGACACCGACGCCGACACCACCGCCCCUGCCGCACCGUCCACGCGCAUCGACGACGCCGACGACGAACCUGCCGCUGCCGCCGCCGGCGCAGCGGGCGCGCAGUGGGAGGUCGUGCUGAACUACCAGGACGCGGAGGAGGGCGAGUCCACGUGGACGCUCAAGGCGCGCGACCGCGCCGCGCUCGAGCGCGCGCAGCAGGCGAUCGACGACGCGCUCGCGCGCGCGCGCGGGAUGAGCCACGUCGGCUUCCUCACGCUGCCGGACCGCACGAGCUUCCCGCGCAUCGUCGGCGCGAAGGGCUCGAACAUCGCGCGCCUGCACGGCGAGACGGGCGCGGACAUCACCGUCGGGCGCGAAAACAACACGAUCGUCAUCAUGGGUGCGUCUCUCUCGCUUGUUCUUUCCACCUCGUCGCGUGCUUGUUGGCGCGGGUGCUGA